AUGGACGCCAAAAGCUCUAAGGUUUUGGAUGUUCCAAUUACUGUGGCUAAUCCAAUACCAAGUUCCAAGCCUUCCCAGGGAGAUUGCAAAGGAACAAGAAUCUCUCAAGUCACAAUUAUGGACCUUCCAAGGGUGAUUAUGGUGGAAAUUCUCUCAAGAUUGCCAAUCAAGCCCAUUUUCCGUUGUAAGACUAUUUGCAAACUCUGGUAUCAUCUUUUCUCUAACCCUUUAUUUGUUAACAUGUAUCACUCAAGAUUACCUUUUCCCUGCAUUUUGCUUUCAACACAAGAUGACUCAGUCACUUCGCUUCUUGAACUCAAAGCAGAUUAUGACUAUCAUUCUCUCCCUUGUAACAGACCCAUUGAGUUGAGCCCUAAGUUUCACCUCCCUCCAUUGAAAUCAAAAAUGUUUUUAAUUGGUUCAUGUAAUGGGCUCAUUUGUUUGUUGAAUGGUUCGACGUAUGAUGAAAACCAUUCGGUUUACAUUAACAAUCCUCUUUUAGGCGAGUAUUUCAAGCUUAAAGUGCCCGAAUGGGAUAAAAGAGAUCAUCAUGUUGCUUAUGGUUUCUAG